CCUGCUGUCGUCUUGUCGACGUGGGUGAACCAUUUCACGUUCUAAUUUCCCUUUUGUUUGGUUUUAUUUUAGUCUCUUGAUCAGUACUCCAUGUUCAUUCUCUGAGAGGAGAGUAGUCUUCAUGGGGUUUCUCAAAAUUUUCUCCAAAAGCAAUAGAUUUUACAACCCUAAAACCAAAAUUAAGGCUUACCCGUUUCAUUACAUCUCAAAUAGAAGAUAUAGGGAUGUGACAAUCAACGAAAGAGCUGAAAUUUUGCCGGUUCUCAUUGUUGGUGCUGGUCCAGUUGGUCUUGUUCUUUCUAUACUUCUCACUAAAUUAGGCGUCAAGUGUGCAGUUAUAGAGAAAAGCUCUAGCUUUUCUCAGCAUCCGCAGGCACAUUUCAUUAACAAUCGAACUAUGGAGGUGUUUCGCAAAUUAGAUGGUCUGGCAGAGGAGAUUGAAAGGCUGCAACCACCUGUUGAUUUGUGGAGGAAGUUUAUAUACUGCACCUCUCUUUAUGGUUCUAUGCUCGGGUCAGUAGACCAUAUGCAACCCCAAGAUUUCAAACGGGUAGUCAGCCCCGUUUCUGUUGCGCACUUUUCACAGUACAAGCUUACCAAGUUGCUACUGAAGCAAUUAGAGAAACUCAACUUCUGUGUUUGUACUUCUGAUGAACUAGAAGGUCCUAACCGUGGCUGGAUUGGUGAAAGGAAUAUACUGCUCGGAUAUGAGUGUGCAUCUAUAACUGCUACUGAUGACGGCAUCGUGGUGGGUGCAAAAUUUCUCAAAGAUGGAGUAAUGACUGUAAGAAAUAUACGCUGUGGUAUCCUUGUUGGGUCUGAUGGUGCUGGAAGUACUGUCAGAAAGCUGAUGGGUGUAGCCAUGAAAGGUGAAACGGACUUGCAAAAGCUUGUCAGCGUCCAUUUCAUGAGCCGUGAUCUUGGAAACUACCUACUCGGCGAGAGACCUGGAAUGCUAUUCUUUAUCUUCAACACGGAAGCAAUAGGGGUUCUCGUUGCACAUGAUCUGGACCAAGGAGAGUUUGUGCUACAGCUUCCAUUCUAUCCUCCUCAGCAGACCUUCGAGGAUUUCAAUGCAAAGGUAUGCGAAGAGUUAAUCACCAAAUUAGUUGGCAGAAAGCUCGUGGACAUAAAUGUCAUUGGUAUAAAGCCAUGGGUGAUGCAUGCUGAAGUUGCAGAGAAGUUUGUAUCUUCAAAUAAUCAAAUAAUACUUGCUGGUGAUGCUGCGCAUCGUUUUCCACCAGCUGGUGGUUUUGGAAUGAAUACUGGCAUCCAGGAUGCUCAUAACUUAGCUUGGAAAAUUGCAGCUAUUGUAAAGGGUGUUUCUCCAUCUUCGCUUCUGCAGACUUAUGAAAUGGAACGCAAGCCGGUUGCUGUAUCCAAUACAGCACUCAGUAUUCAGAACUUCAGAGCUGCUAUGAAGGUUCCUGCUGCACUUGGUAUUGACCCAGCUGUUGCAAACUCAGUGCAGCGAAUAAUUAGUAGUGGAUUUGGUUCCAUACUGCCUACUGGUUUACAAAAAGCAAUCUUGGAUGGAAUUUUUAUGGUAGGGCGUAAACAACUUUCAGAAUCACUCUUAAACGAAAACAACCCACUGGGGUCAUUGAGGCUUGGUAAAUUAAGGCGGAUAUUUGAGGAGGGAGACAGCCUUCAGCUCCAGUUUCCUGCUGAAGAUCUUGGAUUCAGGUACCUUGCAGGAGCUCUUGUUCCUGAAGAUGGUGACACAGUGUUGGAAGCUCCAACUGGACGUAGAAGGGACUAUGUUCCCUGUGCUGAACCUGGGGCACGUUUACCACAUAUGAAUAUCAGACGUUUGCUGAAGGACUCUAGUGAGGAGACAUUGUCUACACUGGAUCUUGUAAGUGAAGAUAAACUCGAGUUCUUGCUCAUUAUAUCUCCAAAAAAGAAGUCCUGUGAUCUUGCUAGAGCUGCAUUCAAGGUAUCUGAGGGAUUUGACGUCUCUCUCAAGGUAUGUGUAAUGUGGCCUCACGGUUCCCUCGUAAACAGACUAAAUAGAAGUAAUGAGACACUUACUCCCUGGAGUAAUUACAUUGAUGUUGAAGAAGUGAGCAUGUCUUCGACUUCAUCAUGGUGGGACACUUGUCAAAUGACAAACGAUGGAGCCAUUCUAGUCAGACCUGAUGAACAUAUUGCUUGGCGUAAGACAACUGUUAUCCUUGAUCCUAUUUCGGAGAUGGAGAGCGUCUUUUCUCAAGUAUUAGGAAUCCAGAGAACUAAACUAUAAAGGUGUCCUCAAAAUGGUGCAGAGAAUUCAUUACAUUACUCCAUUUAUUGUUUAAAGCUCAAGCAUCACUAUUUUUAUCUUUUUGAAAGAGCUCUAGUAAAUAUUCACCCGUAUCUUUCACCAAAAUCCGAUAUGUUGCAGAAAUCUAUAAGAAAAUUCUUGUGUAUUUGUGUGAAAUAUUUUGUUAGACAUAUAUGAUCAACGGCAAUCUAUUUAGAAAA